GUGGGAGUCAAUCUUAGAAGCCCUCUCCAAGAUCACCUUGUCCAGAGGAGCAAGAGACGACGAUGCUGUUGACCAGUUCCACCACUUCGCCUCUGUGGCUAUUUUCGCUGCCAGCGCUGCUCUGAUAGGCAUGAACCAGUAUGUCGGGGACCCUAUCCAUUGCUGGGUGCCUGCCCAGUUCCCUGAUCACCAUCAGGAUUAUGCGGAGAACCUUUGCUGGAUUUCUCAAAUGUACUAUGUCCCCAUGGAUGAAGAAAUCCCUUUCUACAAAGACGACCGUAUGAAACGGGACAUCAGCUUCUACCGUUGGGUGGUUGCCAUCUUCCUCAUCCAGUGUCUUUUGUUCAAGUUUCCCAACAUGCUGUGGAAGGAACUGCGUGGCUAUUCCGGCAUCAACGUGCAGAAGAUCGUCAAUAUGGCAGAAGAAGUUUCCACCUCUCCUCCUUCUGAACGAGAGGACAAGAUAACAGACAUCACUUUGUUUGUCGACAGAUGGCUUCAGAGCUACAGGGUGUACAAAUACAACAUGAUGAUUAGGAUGAAGGAAAAGAUGACUAGCAUCUUCUGCUUUGUCCUCGGAAAGAGACAAGGGACGUAUCUGACUGGCCUGUACCUGUUCACCAAGCUCCUCUACCUGGUCAAUGUCAUCGGUCAGUUUGUGAUGCUCACAGCUUUCCUCAAGUUCAACUACUGGUGGUAUGGCUUUGAGGUUUUGCAACAUCUAGGAGGCCGCUGGGUGGACAUUGAACAUUUUCCCAGAGUUGUGAUGUGUGAUUUCGAGAUCAGACAGCUUCAGAAUAUACAGACAUAUUCUCUUCAGUGUGUUCUGAGCAUCAAUCUCUUCAUUGAGAAGAUUUUUGCAGUCAUCUGGUUCUGGUUGUUUAUCUUGAUGAUUGCGACCAUCAUCAACUUUGGCAUGUGGUGCUACGACAUAUUCAUGAGCAAACGCAGGGAACACUUUAUUCAGAAAUACCUCAUCAUUUUGGGAGACAACGAUUCACGAAGAGAGAGAUCUCUCUUCAAGAAGUUUGUGCAGAACUAUCUUCGUGAUGAUGGAGUCUUCCUGCUGCGUUCUGUCGGUAACAACUCCAGUGAAAUCAUCCUCAUGGAUCUGAUUAAGGAAUUGUGGAAGAACUUCCGAAAGAGCAACCGUAAGGAGGCUGACGGGAAUGGUACUGCGGCUGGAAGAGAGGUGGACCCAACUGAGUCGCAUGCUUAA